UGUCGGCACCCUGCCUUCCUUUAUUGCUCUCUUCCUCCCACAGCCUGCUGCUAUUUAUGUCGCUCCCGGCCCCCCAGCUGCGGUCACAAGACGAGUUGCCCCAGCCUGAGGCCGCGCAGUUCUUGCGCUACUAGCUCUCUUCUUCUCCAAACACACACCCAAGAAGAGAAAGUUCCGGUCUCUCGCAAUGGCUUCUCCGACGGCGGUGGCGGCGAUGAUGGCGACGCUGGUGCUGGGUCUCGCGGCGGUGGCUGCCGCGGGCGACGUGGAAAUGGUGUUCCUGAAAAGUGCAGUGGCCAAAGGAGCAGUGUGCCUGGAUGGGAGCCCUCCGGUUUACCACUUCUCCCCUGGCUCCGGCUCCGGCGCCAAUAACUGGGUGGUUCACAUGGAGGGAGGAGGGUGGUGCAAGACCUCCGAAGAGUGCUCCAUCCGGAAGGGCAACUUCAGGGGCUCGUCCAAAUACAUGAAGCCACUCUCGUUUUCAGGGAUAUUAGGGGGCAGCGACAAAUUCAAUCCUGAUUUCUACAACUGGAACAGAGUGAAGGUCAGAUACUGCGAUGGUUCGUCGUUUACCGGUGAUGUUGAGGCAGUAGAAACUUCAACAAACCUGCACUACAGAGGGAACAGAGUUUGGCAAGCCAUCAUCCAAGAUCUACUUGACAGGGGGAUGAGCAAGGCACAAAAUGCUCUUCUCUCUGGAUGUUCAGCUGGAGGUCUAGCAGCAAUACUGCAUUGUGACAGAUUCAGUGACCUGCUUCCGGCAUCGGCAAAGGUCAAGUGCUUUUCUGAUGCUGGUUACUUUUUUGAUGGGACAGAUAUCACCGGUAACAAUUACGUUAGAAAAUCCUACAAGGAUAUUGUAAACCUACAUGGAUCAGCUAAAAGUCUGCCAUCUUCAUGUACAUCGAAGCGAUCACCUGAAUUGUGCUUCUUCCCGCAGUAUGUCAUCCCGACAUUGCGCACACCGCUGUUCAUACUUAAUGCAGCAUAUGAUACAUGGCAGAUCAGGAACAUCCUAGCGCCUAAUGCGGCUGAUCCAAAGAAGACAUGGGCCAAAUGCAAGCUUGAUAUAAAGAGCUGCUCCUCCAGCCAACUCGUGACCUUGCAAAAUUUCAGGAAAGACUUUUUGGCAGCUCUUCCUCAACCGGGACAGUCUCCUUCUCUAGGCAUUUUUAUAGACUCAUGCUUUGCUCACUGCCAAUCUGGAGCCCAAGAUACAUGGAUUGGCGAAGGUUCUCCUUCCAUUCAAAAGAUGAGAAUUGGAAAAGCGGUGGGGGACUGGUUCUACAACCGGCAUGUAUCUCAGUUGAUUGACUGCCCGUAUCCCUGCAACCCAACCUGCAAGAACCGUGAAGAAGACUGAGCAAUUGUACCAGGACUCAGUUAAAUGCUGCUUUGUUAUGUAAGAUAAGCAAUAAAGGAUUAGACCACAUCGAUAGUUUUGUAGGUAGAAUAGGUGAUUCAGAGACUACUUGUCCUUUCUGGGUUUGUGGAUAAUAAACAUAGAUAAGUGAGAUCAGCUGGUGGUAUGUUUGACAGGAAAAUAUUUUUUUUGAGAGUUAAUCACCGCGAGGGGAGAGAAUACCCAACUGAAUGAAAAAAAAACUUUUACAUCCGUA